AUGAUAAAAACUUUAUUGAUUAAUAAUCAUUUAAAAUUGAUUAGAAUUGUUGGAAAUUGUUUAUCAACAAAUCGAUCUAAUAUUAACUUGGGUGAUCAAAUGAAAAUUCUAAAUGAUACUAAACAAUUUGAAAGUGCACUUGAAUUAUUUAAUAAAUACAAAGACAAAAAUCUUGAUAAAUGUUCUAAUUGGAUUAUAAUUCAAGCAUUAAGAGCAUGUACAAAUCUUCGUGAUAUUGAACAUGGCUCAAUUAUUCAUAAUCUUAUAUCAUCUAGAUUAAAAUAUGAUUCGUAUGUAUUACCAGCAAUAAUUCAUUUUUAUAGCUAUAUAAAAAAUAAUCAACCAGAAAAAGCAAUUGAUCUUUUUAAUGAAAUUAUAAAUCCUAAUCAAGUUAUUAUAAAUCUUCUAUUUAGUGCAUGUGCUCAUAUUGGAACAGAUCAAACAUUAAAUUUACUUAAAAAAGUUUCAUCAAAUAUUCCUAUAUCUUUUUAUAAAAAUCCUUAUAUUCUAACAUCACUUGUUAAUGCAUUAAUCGAAUGUGAUGAUAUUAAACAUGCUCAAAUAUUGUUUGAAAAAUCAACAGUUAAAACAUUACCAUUGUAUGCAACUAUGAUGAAAGGCUAUGUAAUAAAUGAUAUGGCUAGUAAAGCAAUUGAUCUCUUCAAUAAAAUUGAUAAUGAUCAGCCAAAUAUAGAAAAUAAUAAUGAGAAAAAAUCAAACUUAUUUUCGAUAUUGAAAACUGAUAUUAAUGAAGAAAAUAUAGGAAUUUAUAUUUGUCUGAUAAAAGCUUUAUCUCAAAUUGGUAUCUUACCAAUAUGUCAAUUGAUGGUUAAACGAAUACCAACAUUUAUUCUUAAUUAUCAUAGAAUACAAAAUGCUCUUAUUGAUAUGUGGGGAAAAGCUGGUUGUGUCAAUGAAGCAAAGCGAAUUUUUGAAAUAAUGUCUCAACCAGAUCAAAUUGGAUAUACAGCAAUGAUUAAUUGCUAUGGUUUAAAUGGAAUGGGUAUUCAAGCAGUUGAACUUUUUCGUAAAAUGCCUAAAAAAUUUAUCAAUGAUUUGACUUAUGUUUGCGUUCUGAAUGCAUGUUCACAUUCAGGACUUGUUAAUAUAGCUCGUUCAAUUUUUAACGAUAUUCAAAAUAAAACAGAAAUAAUAUUUACAACAUACAUUGAUUGUCUUAGUCGUGCAGCUGCUUUUGAAGAAUCAUUUCAAUUGAUAAUUGAAUUCGAACGUAAUAAUCCGCCUGCAGCUCCAUUAUAUAUGGCAUUGUUAUCAGGUGCUCGAAAUGUAAAAAAUAUUAAUUUAUCACAAAAAGUUUUUGAUCGUAUGAAAAAUCUGUUUGCUGAUUUAAAACAUUCGAUGAUAUCAGCUUCAAUUCUUCUUGCUAAUGUGUAUGCAUCAUCAGGAGAUAUUGAACAAGCAUCAAAUAUUAGAAUUCAAUUACAUAAAUCAGGUGCAAAGAAAAAAGUUGGUUUAUCAUUAACUGAAAUUGAUGGAAUAAUAAUGCAAUUUCGUGCUCAUGAUCAAUCUCAUCCUCGUUCAUCAGAAAUUUAUGCUGAAGGUGAACGAAUAUCAAAGGAACUAAUUGAACAUGGUCAUGGUUAUGAUGCAAGUUGGAUUGUACGACCAAUGGAAAAUGAUGAAACAAUUGAAUCAAUAUUUUGUGGACAUAGUGAAAGAUUGGCUAUUGCAGCUAAUUUUAUUGACAAUCGAAAACCAAGUCGAAUUCAUAUCACAAAAAAUCUUCGCGUUUGUGGUGAUUGCCAUCGAGCAACAAAAUUAAUUGCUGCUAUUCGUCAAUGCGAAAUUAUUGUUCAAGAUGCUAAUCCUGUUCUUCAACAAGUCGAUACCUCAAAUAUUUCAACUUCAAUUGAUUCAACUCGACGAUGUCCUUCAAUUAAUGAACUUUUAAAAUUCGAACAAUUGAAAUUACCGAGAAUUCGACGAAGUUAA